AUGGCCGCUCCCGUGAUGUGAGGAAGUCUACAGUGAGGAGAGUUGAAGAAAAUUCAAAAGAAAAUGAAAUCAACUUGAAGAAAACAGGCUAACAAAGAAGUUUAAAGCAAGGAUUUUAGAGGCGGGUUCGGCGUGACGUAAGGGGCGGGGCCUCACGUAGCAGGGUCUUGCGCAUGCGCCCCAGCUGGGCGGUUAGAUUUGAAUACUUCUGUGAGGCUGACUGGGUGUGGAGAGGUGACGUUUUUUUCGAGGAGUGCGCAGUCCCCAAACAAUUCGAGCUGGUGGACUGCAGCAGAAGCGUGGUUCUAGAAUUUAUGCAUCAAGGAAGAAUCUAUAGUUAUGGAAAAGUUUUCUUCAAAAAUGGAUGGAAUGUCUUCAGAAGCUAAUGAAGAGAAUGAUAAUACAGAGAGACCUGUUAGAAGACGGCAUUCCUCAAUUUUGAAACCCCCAAGGAGUCCUCUUCAGGACCUCAAAAGUGGGAAUGAAACAGUUCAAGAAUCCAGUGCUUUGAGAAAUAAGAAAAGCUCUCGCCGAGUCAGCUUUGCAAAUACUAUAAAGGUAUUCCAGACAGAGUCUCAUACAAAAACAGUAAGAAAGUCAGAAAUAACAGAAACAGAAGUAGGAGAAAAUGUUCUGUUUACCAGGGAUAAGAAUUCAGAAGAUAAUUUUUGUGAGAUUGCUGGGAUGAACACAUUGCUUUGUGCUCCCAUCCAGACCCAGAUACAGGAAAGAGAGUUUUCAAGUAUAGAAUAUAACCAGGAAGGGAAACAUGCAAAUGAUCAGACAGUCAUCUUUUCAGCUGAAAAUCAGAUGGAUCUGACAGCAAGUCACACAGUGUUGAUUGCUAAAGACCUUUCAGAUUGUUCCAAAAAUGAAAAAUCCACUAAAAUAGAUACCACAUCCUUUCUGGCUAACUUAAAACACCACACUGAGGAUUCAAGAAUGAAAAAAGAAUUAAAAUUUUCCAUGGAUCAAAACACUUCAGAAAAAAAAAUAAAUUCUAAUGACUUCAUAAAAAGGUUGAAAACAGGGAAGUAUAAUGCUUCUCCUUUUACAGGGCCUAAUAAAGAAAAUUCUGAAAUUCCUAUUUAUUCUGAGGAAUCAAAUAAUGUACCUUCCACCCAUCAAAUAUGUACAUCUCUUACUGUAGAUGAGAACAGUAGUAAUAUGACUAGAAUCUUUAGCAAACAAGAUGAUGGAAUGAAUUUCACCCAGUGUCAUACAGCUAAUAUUCAGACUUUGGUUCCCACAACCACUGAGGCCAACUUAAGGGAAUAUAAAAGUGACAUUACAAUUUAUGGCAAUGACUGUAUGGACUUGACAAUUAACCACACAUUACAGGUUUUACCCUCUGCAGAUAAUUUAUCCGAAACAGAAAAUGAAACUCAAACUGUCAUGGAUAUUGCAACAUAUGAUGGAACUAAAGCUCUAGGGAAGAACACAAUCUUUAAGAAUAAAUUAAAUGUUGCUUUUCCAGACCCUUACUUAAAUCCUGAAGAUAAAGUACAUAUAAAAAGUCAUAUUACAGAGUCAGAAACUUGCACAGUCACUCAGACUUCUGAUCAAGAUGCCAGAACAUUGCAAGUGGCCCAAGGAUCUAUAUGUUCUAGUCCACUUAUUCAAGGUAAUAAGACAGUUUUUUAUUCUACUUGUAAUGAUGCCAUGGAAUUGACCAAGUGUCUUCCAAGUGUGAAAGAGGAGACAAAUUUGCUAAAGCAUGGCAAUAAUUGUUUUAAAAUAUGUCCCAAUCCAGAUGCCAUCUCUUUUCUCUUAGAGAAAACUAUUUACUCAGGAGAAGACAGCAUGGACAUUACCAAGAGUCACACAGUUGCAAUAGAUAAUCAAAUUUUCAAACACGAUCAGGCAGAUGUACAGAUAGAAGCUGCACCAAUAUCUGAAAAAGAAAAUAUGCUCCAAAAUUACACAAGUAGGCCAGAAGAUAGAAAAAUGAAUGUAAAUUGUAGCUCACUUCCUGGUGUACUUAAGGGAAGAUUACAGCAGAGCCUGCCCUAUCAUGAUGAAGAUUCUCCUCCAUCAGCUGUUUAUAACGAGGACAUAGCAACAAGCCACAAUAUAGUAUAUUCUGGGGCAGUUCUUAAUAAACAAGCACCACUAAGAAAUAAAAGAAAUAUAAUUUCAAGUGAGAAUAUGACAAUUAACCACGCAUUACAAGUUUUAUCCCCUGCAGAUAAUUCAUCUGAAACAGAAAAUCAAACUCAGACUGUCAUGGAUAUUGCAACAGAUUAUGGAACUAAAGCUGUAGGAAACAACACAAUCAUUAAGAAUAAAUUUUCUAACUCAGAGCCAUUAUUUUCAUCAGGAAGACAGUGUGCCACAAAGAAUCAUAAUACUGCUGUGAAAUCUGUACUAGGCCAGAAUUCUGUGCUUCCUGAGCCACUGAGGAAAAGUUUAGAUGAUCCCGUACCUGACCAUUCUCAUGAUAAAGUGACUGUUUGUUCAGAAGAGGAGCAAGCUAUGGAUCUAACCAAGAGUCACACUGUUGUCAUUGGAUUUGGUCCUGCUGAGAUACAGGAAAUUAGUAAUACUAAUGUAGAACACAGAACCAUCCAGCUCCUAAGAGAAAGCACACAGACAGCUAUAAAAGUGGGAAAAUGCGAUGAAAGUCCAAUACAGCAAACUGAAGUUUUUAUGUGUAAUGAUAAGGACAUGUUAAAAGACAAAAAUAUACAGAAACCUGAAUCUCUAAAAGAAAAACAAAAUGUCAAAAGUUGUGGAAGGAAAAGUGUUGGUGAACUAAAAAUUGAUAAUGUUGUAUUUUCAGAGGGUGAUAAGAAUGAUAUAGAUAUCACUAAGAGUUACACUGUGGAAAUAAACCGUAAACCUUUAUUUGAUAAACCUGACUCUCAUCUGCUACCUUUGGCAGGAACUUCUAAAACUGUUUCAUAUGCAUGUUGGCAGGAUGAUAUGGAGAUCACUAGAAGUCACACAACUGCUUUAGAAUGUAAACCUAUCUCACCAGAUGAAAUAACCUCUAGGCCUAUGGACAAAACUUUAAUAUUUGUAAAUAAUCAUGAUGAACUAGAAAUGACCAAGUCUCACACUGUUUUCAUUGACUUCCAAGCAGAAGAGAAAACCGUUCUUCCAGAUAGAAUUAACUUUGAACAAUCCAUAAGGAAAAGCUUACAAAACCCAACAGUGACGUCUGACCACCCAGCAACAAAAGGUGGAAUGGUAACAGUGCUAGAGGAAUGGUCUAAUAUAGGUCCUACAGAGAAAGCUAUGGCAUUUAUAUCUGAUGAGAACAUGGACAUGUGUAAAUUAACCACUUGGAAAAAUGUUAAAGAUAUACAAAAGCCUGGAUCUGUGAAUGAACCUCUGUCAGUCAAAUAUCAGAGAAGAAAAAGCCUUAGGCUCAAAAAUGACAAUGCCAUUGGAUUUUCAGAGAAUGAUAAUGACAUGGAUAUCACCCAGAGUUGUAUGGUGGGAAUAAAUAGCAAUAGUGUUCUUGAAAAGGAGAACUUCAGUGUAGUACCUUUGACUGGAAUCUCUAAAACUGUUUUGUAUGCCUGUGGUCAGGAAGACAUGGAGAUCACCAGAAGUCAUACGAUUCCCUCAGCAUGUAAAACUGUGUCACCAGACAAAGUAACUAUUAGGCCUAUGGACAAAACUGUAAUGUUUGUAGAUAAUAACGAUUUGGAAGUCACCAAAUCCCAUACUGUUUUCAUCAAUUGUCAGGCCACAGAAAAAAUACUUAAAGAGUAUCCUAAAUUUGGAGUCACAAGAGAAAAAAACCUGAGUGUUUAUUUUCCUAAGGAUGAUACCUAUGUUGAAGAAAUUACUAAAAACCAAGCAAACAAAGUCAUUCUUCACCCUGAGCAAAAGGAUUGUAUGAUACCUCUUAUUCCUACUAAUACAUUAUCUGGGCAUCAAAGUGAAAUGGAUAUCAUCAAAUUUCGUGAGGCUGUUGCAGAUGAAAAGGUCAUGGAAAAUGUUGCAGACCCGGCUUAUACAUUGGAAAAAGCCAGAAUUGAAAGCUGUCACUUAAAUAGUACAGAUACAAAAAACGUAGAUUUUACAGGUCGUGUAGCUGCUAUUUGUGGAUCCAGUGAUAAUUCUUGUUCACCAGAUGUUAUUUCUCCUUUUGAUAAUUUGGAGAAUAAUGUCAUGUCCUUAUGUGAUAAAGGUAAGAAGAAAGCCAGUAAGUGCCUAGUGCAAAAUGAUCUUGCUUUUACAGAUAAUUCAGCCAGUGAACACUUUGCUCCUUGUCCUUUGUUAGAGAAGGAAGAAGUUAUUCCAGCUGAUUCCAAAGGACAGAUAGACUGUGCUGUAACACUGCUCAAAGAUCAAGAUCUGCAAAAAGGGCCUCAAAAUCUAUUAGCUAGUCAAACUUUAGUACAUAAUCAAAACCUGGGGGAAAUGACUAAACUUAAUUCAAAGCGUGUAUCUUUUAAGUUCCCAAAGGAUCAAAUAGAGGCCUUUGUUGAUGAUUUUACUUCUCAGCCUUAUGUCUCAACCCAACAACUUCUGUUAACCCAAAAAGGACAGAAUGUUGUCAGUGAAGAUGAAUCAAAACUACCUAACACUGAAAAUAAGAGUUUAAAUAUUUUUACAGAAAAUUUCUCUGUACCCACAUGUUCAGACAAAGCCAAAAUGCUCAGUAAUGAGAAACAAUUUGCUAUAGUCUGUAAAAAAGAAUUAAAGGAAAAUAUUCAGCCAGCUAAAUGUAAUACAGUUAUAGAUAUCAGUAGUAACACAGACUUGACUACCUAUACCAAUGCUAGAGAAGCAGGUCCUGUAUUUGCAUCUAAUGUUCCAUGUUUUAGUAGUAUCAAGCCGAGUCUUAAUAAUUUGAAUGGAAAACCUGGAGAGGCUUUUGAUUUUCAAACUGCUUACAUACUACCUUCUUCAGAAGAAUUACUCAAAUCAGAAAACAAGGCACUCAAUAAUAUGACUAUAGUGCAAUCUACAGAAAUAGAUAAUAUUAACAUAGAUUCCAGUGGUGCUAAACAUAACAAAAUUGAAGAAAAUAAAAAUUCUCAUAAUGGGGAUGAAACUACCUCUGCACCACUAAAGACAGUUGUUAAAGAUAAAAUGAGGUGUUCUUUGGGAAUCUUUUUGCCCAGACUGCCAAACAAGAGAAAUUGUAGUGUGACUGGUAUUGAUGACAUAGAGCAGAUUCCAGUAGAUACAACUGCUCUAAGUCACUCAGAAACUCAACCAGUCUCCAGCAAAGACUCAGGAAUUAGAUCUGUUGCAGCUAAACUGAAUUUAAGUCCAUCUCAAUAUAUAAAUGAGGAAAAUCUUCCCAUGUAUUCUGGUGAGAUUAAUUCCUCAGAAUCGAUUAGCAUAGAAAUUGAGGGAAAGCCUUUGAUUGAGAAAUAUCAAAAAGAGAUUUCACCAUCUGAAGACAAAAUGGAAGAAACCAGCAAUAGCCAAAAAAGAACCUGGGUACAAGAUGAUGAUGAUGUUGAAAAUGAGAAAAAAAUCAGAAAAUAUGAAACUAAGCUUAAAGAUUCUACACAACAUCAGGAGAUUUUUGAUCACCAUACUGAAGGGGAUAUAGAUAAAAAUGCUAGCAGUGUAUUGAUAAAAAGCCUGAGCAGGACUCCAUCUAGUUCCAGCAGCUCUCUGGAUUCAAUCAAGGCUGAUGGGACCUCACUGGACUUCAACAUGUCCCGGAAUAGUCAAAUGGAAUCCCAGUUUCUUGGACACACUAUUUGUGAAGAGAGCUUGAGGGAGAAACUCAAGGAUGGGAGAAUAACAGUAAGAGAGUUCUUCAUACUUCUUCAGGUCCACAUCUUGAUACAGAAACCCCGAGAAAGCAGUCUCCCAGCCAAAUUUACUAUAAACACAUCACCUACUCCAGAAGACCUGAUGUUGAGACAAUAUAUUUAUGGACCCAAGAUACAGAUUUACAGAGAAGAUUGUGAGGUUCUUCACCAAAAGAUUGAAGAAUUAAAAGUUUCUGCAGUGAACCAAGAUAAACUGUUAACUGAUGUAAACAGAAAUCUGUGGGAAAACAUGAGACACUGCUCUGAUAAAGAGCUAAAGGCCUUUGGAAUUCACCUUAACAAAAUAAAGUCGCGUUUUACCAAGAUAACUAAAGUUUUCACUCACCAAGGAAAAGUGGCUCUGUACAGCAAGCUGGUACAAUCAGCUCAGAAUGAAAGGGAGAGAGUUCAUAUGAGGAUAGAUGAGAUGGAAAAUAUACUUAAGAAGAUUGAUAACUGUCUCACUGAGGUGGAAAUAGAAAUUAAGAGUUUGGAGGAUGAAAAGAGAGACAAUCCUAUAGAAGAAUGGCAUUCUGAAAUGAGAGCUGCAGAGAGAGAUCUAGAAGAGUUAAAAGCUGAAGAGGAGGAUCUUCAAAGGAACCUCUUAGAAUUGGAGGUACAGAAAGAGCACACCCUUGCUCAGAUAAAAUUUAUGCAAAAACAAACAAAUAGAACUGAAGAACUACUGGAUCAUUUAAGUUCGUCUGAGUGGGAAGUCAUUGAAUGGAGUGAUGGUCAAGCUAUAUUUACCUUUGUUUAUGAUACCAUAGAACUCACCAUCACCUUUGGAGGGCCAGUAGUUGGUGUCCCUUUCCUGGAAAAGCCUCAUAGGAAGAUUGCUGACCUGAGUUUUCAGUCUUUGCUAGAUGAGGAUAAAGCUCCUUCUUCCUCCCUUUUGGUUCAUAAGCUUAUUUUUCAAUACAUUGAUGAACAGGAAUCCUGGAAGAAGAAAUGUACAACACAGCAUCAAAUAGCCAAGAUGCUUGAGGAACUUUCACUGGUAGUGAGCCAUUGCAGACUCCUUGGAGAAGAGAUUGAAUUUUUAAAGAGUUGGGGACCAAAUUAUAACCUAAUGGACAUACAUGUGAAUAAUACUGAAUUAAGGCUUUUAUUCUCUAGUUCUGCAGCAUUUGCAAAAUUUGAGAUAACUUUGUCUCUCUCCGCCCAUUAUCCAUUGGUCCCAUUACCUUUCACCAUUCAAAAUCACCUUGGGAACACUGGCCAAGAUGAAAUUGCUUCCAUUAUAUCUAAAGUGCCACUAGAGGACAACUAUUUGAAGAACUUAGUCAAGCAAAUUUCCCGAGAUCUACUUCAGGAUGCCACUUCUACCCCUAGGCUCCUGCACCACAACUGUAACAAACAGUAGUAUACACACUUGGGAUGUUAUGUCAUGAUUUCCACAGCUGUUUGACCUUUGUCUUUAGAUCAAAGAAGCCUAGUAAAAUUCCUCUGAUGAUGUUA